AUGUCCAGUGGAGAUAAGUCCAAGACUUCUUCCCAGACUGACGGGAAGGCUGCCCAGAGCAAGAAGUCUGAGAUGGGAAUGAUGUCCUACAAGAUGUACGUGUUCGACCAGGAGAACUUCCAGGGUCGCAUGAUCGAGAUCAGCAACGAGUGCAUGAAUGUGUGUGAGAUGGGCAUGGACCGCGUGCGUUCCCUGCGCGUUGAGUGUGGACCCUUCGUGGGCUUUGAGCAGAUGAACUUCUGUGGUGAGAUGUACAUCCUGGAGAAGGGAGAGUAUCCUCGCUGGGACUCCUGGAGCAACUGCCAGAAGAACGACUACCUGCUGUCCUUCAGGCCUGUCAGAAUGGACCCUGAGAAGCACAAGAUCUGCCUGUACGAGGUGGGAGAGUUCAAGGGCCGCAAGAUGGAGAUCAUGGACGAUGACGUUCCCAGCCUGUUCUCCUAUGGCUUCACCGACAGAGUGGGCAGCAUCAUUGUCAGCUGUGGAACCUGGGUGGGCUACCAGUUCCCUGGAUACCGUGGCAGCCAGUACCUGCUGGAGAAGGGCGACUACAGGCACUUCAAUGAGUACGGCGCCCGCCAUCCUCAGUUCCAGUCCGUGAGGCGUAUCCGUGACAUGCAGUGGCACCAACAGGGCUGCUACACCAUGGCCAGCAAGUGA